AUGUCUUAUUCGUCGUCUAAACUCGUAAAUUCAUCGACACGCAUUCAAUGGACGUGGCAAUCAAAUCGGAAUUCAUUGGACAGGUCCAAAUCAGGUUCCUGGAACUAUUACUCAGAUGUAGAAAAUCUUAUGAUCGAAGAAGCAUUUCAGGCUGCACAACUUCAAAUUGUAUUCGACAACUAUUAUAUAGAUUUCAAACUUAAUAUUCAAGUUAUGAAAACAGAUGUCACGAAAAAAAAUCCUGUUAAACGUAUAGUCAGCGAAGGAGAAUACACAGCUUCACGACAAAGUCACUACACAUGUGAUGCCAUCUCUCAUGAACAUUCCUUUGGUGGUCAAUACGGUUGGAUACCACCGUUUAUUAAAGAAGCAAGAAAGUGUUUAAAGCUUCAAAAGAAUCAAUUACCAUCACGGGAUUCAUCGGUUGUUUCAACCAUCGUUGAAAAAGCUGCUAUGGGUAUCAUUGAAGAAGGCAAGAUAGUGGGGCAACUAAAUCUAGCGAGAUGGAUGGCCAAACAGCUGAUAGAGAAAAAAAAUAAAGAUGCGAAAGAAGUUUGGAAAUGCUGUGCAUAUCUGUACUCAUUGGAAAGUUUUCUGUACAAGACAUUGAACGAGACUAUGAGACUGGUAGGAAUUAAUCAACAUGAAGAAAUGUGGCGAAGUAAAGUUCGAACAUUGGGACCCUUCUGCCUACUCUUGUGGGAUGAUCCAAUCACUAAAAAGGCUACGACAGAAGCAGAGAAAAUCACGGUGUACAGAGGAGCAAAAUUAACUCCAACUCAGAUUGACUCUUACCGAGAUAUAUGUCAACAACCUGAGAAGUACGGUUCAUUUCAAGCAUUUACCUCAACCAGUCGAAAGAAUGAUAUUGGCGAUCAUUGUCCCGAUUGGAAUGUGUUAUUUAUAAUGGAGAUUACGUUCGCUUUUACGGCAAACAUUCGACAAUACUCUGCGUUUCCUGAAGAGGAAGAAGAAUUAAUAUUUCCUGGUGUUUGUUUCACCGUUGAGCGUAUGGAUUUUGACGAAAUCAAAAGGCUACAUUUAAUUUAUCUGAAACUAAGACAACGCUUCAAUAAAUCUGCUCUCCAUGAAAUAUCCACAAAUCAACAGCGAAUAGUAUUGGAUAGCGAUGCUGAUCGUCAAGCUUUCUAUGCUGCCCGUCGCACUUCUGUUGCUGCCGCUACUAUCGAUACUGGUCAUCUUGAUCGUAGUAUUUACGUUCGAGAUUACAAUAUUGAUGAAUAA